CUAAUGGAGAACAGCUCGGAAGUGACAGAAUUCAUUCUCUUGGGUUUAACAGAUGACCCCAGGCUGCAGGCACCUCUCCUCCUGGUAUUUUUGCUCAUCUAUCUCAUCACCGUGGCUGGGAAUGGGGGGAUGAUAAUGAUCAUCCUCUCAGACCCCCACCUCCACACCCCCAUGUACUUCUUCCUCAGUAACCUCUCCUUUGUAGACCUGGGUUACUCUUCAGCUGUGGCUCCCAAAAUGGUGGCUGCCUUGCAAUCAGGGGACAAGGUCAUCUCCUACAAUGGGUGUGCCGCUCAGUUUUUCUUCUUCGUGGGGUUUGCCACUGUCGAGUGCUACCUUCUGGCUUCUAUGGCUUAUGACCGCCACGCAGCAGUGUGUAAACCUCUUCAUUACACCACCACCAUGAUGGCAUCAGUGUGCUCCUUCCUGACAGUUGGCUCUUAUAUCUGUGGCUUCCUCAAUGCCUCAAUCCACACAGCAGACACCUUCAGACUUUCCUUCUGUGGGUCCAAUGAAGUGAAUCAUUUUUUUUGCGACAUGCCCCCACUCCUGGCUCUUGCAUGCUCCGACACUCGCAUCAGCAAGCUGGUUAUGUUCUUCGUCGUGAGCUUUAAUGUCUUCUCUACUCUCCUGGUUAUCGUCAUCUCUUAUCUCUUCAUAGGCAUUGCUGUUCAAAGCAUGCGCUCUGCCCAGGGCCGAAAGAAGGCUGUCUCCACCUGUGCCUCCCAUCUCACUGCCGUGUCCAUCUUCUAUGGCACGAUCAUCUUCAUGUACCUGCAGCCUGGCUCUGGGCAGUCCAUGGACACUGAUAAAAUUGCCUCUGUGUUCUACACUGUGGUCAUCCCAAUGCUCAACCCCCUGAUUUACAGCCUGAGGAACAAAGAAGUGAAAAGUGCUCUUUGGAGAACACUCCACAGACUGCGCCCUUAA